AUGGCGGACCCGGGCUCGACGCUGAACGUGCCGUACGACAUCGUCGUGAUCGUCGUCCACGCGCUCGCCAAGGACCUCUCCGGCUUCGAGCCCACCGUCUACGCCGCCCUCCGCACCCUCUGCCUCGUCAACCGCGAGUGGUGCGCGCUCGCCCGCCCCCACCUCUACUCCUACGUCUGGCUCGCCAAGCUCCGCAACCACAUCCUCUUCUGCCGCACCGUCACCGCCGCCCCCCACCUCGGCGCCCUCGUCCGCGACCUCAAGUCGUACAUCUUCCUCCGCGGGUCCGACGGCUGGCGCGCGGGCACCACCGCGCUCGGCGGGCCCUUCGCCCCGCCGAUGACGCGCGCCGCGGCGGAGGCGCUCACGAACCUGCGCGCGCUCGCGUUCGCGUCCGACGCCGCGGUGGUGACCGUCCCGCAGCCGCUGCUCGCGGCGAUGGCGCACUGCGCGCGGUGCGCGCGCCUCCGCGCGCUCUCGCUCUCCGGCUUCAGCUUCAUGUCCUUCGCGCUCCUUCGCGACUUCGUGCAGGGGUUCCGCGGGGUCGCGACGCUGCGGGUUCGGCGCUGCGACUGGCUCCCGAACCGGAUCGCGCCGCCGGUGCCGGCGCACGCCCCGGUGGAGAGCGUGCGGAGCGUGGACAUCCACGCGAUGGCGACGACGGCCAACAGCCUGCUCAAUCUCACCGGGCCCGCCGUGACGGAGCUGAAGCUGUGGUGCAGGGGCAUGUCCGGCGGCCCGGACACCUGUUCAGCGAUCCGACGGUACAGCGCGCUCCGGAGCAUAGAGCUCACCUACGACGGCGCUGAAGUGCACUGGAUGAUCGACGCGCUCGGCAAUGUGUCCUCGCCCGCCGUGUCCCAGGUCGUGAUCAAUCACGUCCUCAGACGUCUGACUCCGUCGUCCGGGUCGGUGGCGCGCGAGUACACCGAGAGGCUCGACCACCUGCUUUGCGAACCGCGCUUCCUCGGGCUCCAGCGGGUGGUGGUGCGGGUGUACCUUCCCGUGCUGCACGAUGGGGAGGUGUGGAUGAAGCUGGUCGUCGAUGCGUUCCCCCAGUGCCAGGCCCGCGGCAUUUUGAUCUCGUCGGUGCAUGAAGGCGAUCCGGACGAGACGCGAAAUGUGUGA